UGGGUGGCUGAGGCGACUCCAGCGGCCGGAGGAGCGAGGAGGAGCGGGCGGCCCCGCGCUGCGCCCCGAGCCGCCCCGGCCCCGCGCCCCGCCCUCGGCUCACCUGGCACAGGAGGACCCCCGCGUGCGCCCGCGGCCCGUGGAGGGGAGGCGCCGGCAUGGCGGGGGGCGUGGCGGCCGACAACGCCAACCACCUGCCCUUCUUCUUUGGCAACAUCACCCGGGAGGAGGCGGAGGACUACCUGGUACAGGGGGGCAUGAGCGACGGGCUGUACCUGCUGCGCCAGAGCCGCAAUUACCUGGGCGGCUUCGCGCUGUCCGUGGCGCACGGGAGGAAGGCGCACCACUACACCAUCGAGCGCGAGCUCAACGGCACGUACGCCAUCGCGGGCGGCAGGGCUCACGGCAGCCCCGCCGAGCUGUGCCACUACCACUCCCAGGAGUGUGACGGCCUCGUCUGCCUCCUCAAGAAGCCCUUCCACCGGCCGCCCGGCGUGCAGCCCAAGACCGGCCCGUUCGAGGACCUGAAGGAGAGCCUCAUCCGGGAGUACGUGAGGCAGACCUGGAACCUGCAGGGCCAGGCUCUGGAGCAGGCCAUCAUCAGCCAGAAACCACAGCUGGAGAAGCUGAUCGCCACCACGGCCCACGAGAAAAUGCCCUGGUUCCACGGCAAAAUCUCACGGGUCGAAUCGGAGCAGAUUGUCCUGAUCGGAUCCAAGACAAAUGGAAAAUUUUUGAUCCGGGACAGGAACGACAACGGGUCUUACGCCCUGUGCCUGCUGCACGAGGGGAAGGUACUGCACUACCGCAUCGAUAAGGACAAAACGGGGAAGCUCUCCAUCCCCGACGGGAAGAAGUUUGACACGCUCUGGCAGCUAGUGGAGCAUUAUUCUUAUAAAGCAGAUGGGCUGUUAAGAGUUCUUACAGUUCCGUGUCAGAAAAUUGGCGGGCAGACAGGAAAUAUCAACUUCGGAGCCCGGGCGCCCCUCCCAGGUCCACAUCCUGCAACAUGGUCAGCGGGUGGAAUUAUCUCAAGAAUCAAAUCAUACUCCUUCCCAAAGCCUGGCCACAGAAAGAAUCCCGUGUUGCAGGAAUGGGAGCCGGUCGCACAAAUCACACGCUGCCGGGAGGAAUGCCAGGGUUUAGCGCCUAAGACGGUUUAUUUUGUGGACGCCAAGUGCGACAGUACCUGCGUUACGGCUGUCGGCUUCCAGCACGGAACUGGAGUGCCCACUUUGCCACACCGCUUGGCGUUUGCUAGAAGGUCCCAGGACCGGCAUGUGAUUGAGGCUGUGGCCCUGAAGAGGUCAGCGUCCCCCAUGCUCCCCAGAACAGCUCUCCCACUGCCGCCUGCUGGCCCGCGUGGCCUCGGCAUUCGCCCCUUCCCUUGGGAGAGGGCUCCUCCUGGGGGCUCACAGGCCCGGGGUCCAGCAGUGUUUCCUGCUGAAGGGGCCAGAUGGCACCCAUCAACCGAGGUGAUGCAAAACGGAUUCUGCUUCAAGGCCUCCACAUCCCAAGGGAGCCGGCCGGAGAGCGCCGUGACCUUCAAUCCGUACGAGCCGGACCGCGGGCCCUGGCCCACGGACAGAGACGCCCAGAGAGAGGCCUUGCCCAUGGACACCGAGGUGUAUGAAAGCCCGUAUGCGGACCCCGAGGAGAUCAGACCCAAGGAAGUCUACCUGGACCGCAAGCUGCUGACCCUGGAGGACAACGAACUGGGCUCUGGUAACUUCGGGACCGUGAAGAAGGGCUACUACCAGAUGAAAAAAGUCGUGAAAACGGUGGCUGUGAAGAUUCUGAAGAACGAGGCCAACGACCCCGCUCUUAAAGAUGAGUUAUUAGCGGAAGCCAACGUCAUGCAGCAGCUCGAUAACCCUUACAUCGUGCGCAUGAUCGGCAUCUGUGAAGCCGAGUCCUGGAUGCUGGUGAUGGAGAUGGCGGAACUGGGUCCGCUCAACAAGUAUUUACAGCAGAACAGGCACGUCAAGGAUAAGAACAUCAUAGAGCUGGUUCAUCAGGUUUCUAUGGGAAUGAAGUAUCUGGAGGAGAACAAUUUUGUGCACAGAGAUCUGGCGGCAAGAAACGUCUUGCUGGUUACUCAACACUAUGCCAAGAUCAGUGAUUUUGGACUUUCCAAAGCGCUCCGUGCUGAUGAAAACUACUACAAGGCCCAGACCCACGGGAAGUGGCCGGUCAAGUGGUACGCCCCCGAGUGCAUCAACUACUACAAGUUCUCCAGCAAGAGUGACGUCUGGAGCUUCGGCGUGUUGAUGUGGGAGGCGUUCUCCUACGGGCAGAAGCCGUACCGGGGCAUGAAGGGAAGCGAGGUUUCGGCCAUGCUGGAGAAAGGAGAGAGAAUGGGGUGCCCCACGGGGUGUCCGAGGGAGAUGUACGAGCUGAUGAAGCUGUGCUGGACGUAUGAGGUGGAGAGCAGGCCCGGAUUCGCAGCCGUGGAACUGCGUCUGCGCAAUUAUUACUACGACGUGGUCAACUAACGGCCCCACGCCCUCCGUGGCCGCCUUGGGAGCAGACGAGGGGUCACAGCAAAGCCAGCCCAGUGCGUGGAUUUCGAGAGUUUCCACCUGCGUCUGCUGCCAGGGGAGCCGGCCUCGUGUGGAGCACGCCUGUGACCGUUGUCCCCAAAGCCCGUCCCAGAACACACCCUCCACAAAGCAGCCCCUCCCGGGAGAGCCCGGGCAGAAGGACAGCAGGGUCAGAGGGCCCGGGGAAGGAUCCCGUUGUGUUUCUUGUCUGCGCGGUGUGAUUCCGUGGCAGGUCACGUUCAGGAUCUGUUUCUGCAUCGGAAGAUCUGGCCGCCUGGAGGCGUCCCGUGUGCCGUUCUCCGCGGCCAGGGGUGCGGCUGGCCUUGCCGUCUGCGGGGAGGGAAGGGGAGCAGAGGGGAGCUGGCUGCCUCCAGAACUUGGCUCCGACCGGUCGGAAGAUGGAAGGAGCCCUGCCACCGAAAAGCUGCCCUGGUGACACAAGUCCUUUGCGGCUGAAAAAACAAAAUCCAAGCACGUAGCCAGUUAAAGGGGAUAAAAAGUUUGGAGACGGCAUUCGCUCCGUGUGAUCUCAGACGGAAGACGCACACGUGCGUGGACGAGGGGGCUCUCGGCACGGACCGGCUUGGCCUCCUUUCCCCUGAAACAGCCUCUCUCCCGCAUACUCUCCCAAGACCGUGCUUUCAGGGGACUAGUAAAUACAAGUCGUGCAGGCGGUGGAGGGCCGUGAUGUCUGUCACCGCGGGCCUGAGCGAGGACAGACAGCAGGACGCCACGGGUCCUCAUCUCCUGAGUGAGGUCCGAGCUCCCCUCCGCCAGGGGGAGGGCGUCGCCAGAGUUCCCCAGCCCUUUCUGUGUUCACAGCAGGGGGGACAAGCUGGCGGCCAAGGCCCUCUAAACGCGAGCCUCCUAAGAGUGUGUUAAUUCCUAAUAAAGCCGCAGACCCUGACCCUCGCCACAAGUAUGCCUGAGUGUGACUUUGGGUUGAAGGUGCGAGACGAGGAAUUCUCUGCUGGUUCCCUAGGCGUAGUGAACCCCCGAGCAGGGUUUGGGCUUACACGAGUCACUGGCCCACAUAUACCAGUAAAGUUAGGACCAGCUGUCAUGGGCUGGAUGACGCGGGGUGACAUCUGGACCAGAGGCUCCGGCGCUGAGCCGCGGGUACCCUUCAGGUGCCGGAGCGUGUCUGUCGCGGGGCCGCACGUGGAAGGCUCGGUGACGUGAGCUAAGUCUGGAGGGGAAGGACUACUCCCCGCGCGUCUGCCCUGCCACAGGGUCACGCGCACUCCCUGUGCCUUUACCUGGGGGCCCUUGUUUAGCGGGAACAGAGGGGCCUCACGGACGGAGGACAGACAGGCUGUUCUGGCCAGAACCAUUUGUCUGCUGACGCCGUGGACACCGUGUUCCCCCACGGCGGGACUGAGGUUUCCGGAAACGAUUACUCGUUUCUCCUCUGAGCGUGUCCCCACACGGGCUGUCACCAGCCUUGGUGGCGACUUCACUGCGUCCCCUGCCCGGCGGCCGCCGCUCCGUCCGGAUCUGCACGUGUGGAGGUGCCUGCUGGGCUCUCGGGCCCCGUCGCCCCGCAGAGCACACUCGACCGGAUCAUCAGUAUUCUUCCUCCAUCUCAAGAACUGCUUUUUGUCACUGGACUUUUUAACUGUGAUUUUUUUUUUAAAUAAAAGUUUUAAAUUGGUUUGAUGAUUCUUUUCGUGGAUGUUACUGGAAUGUGGUAGGAUGCACUCUCAAAUAAACUGCUAAACAGCAA